CUGUUUUGGGGUCCUUGCGGUAGUUCCUGGUCCACGUAUGAGCCAGAUCCAAAGCAAAUACUUAGCUAACAAAGAUUUACCAGAUAAUGUGUAAAUGUGACACUACAGUCUAUUGUUGAUGAUUAAUCCCGGCUUAUAAAUCGUCUGGGAUAUUUGUAAUUUUGGACGUCGUUGUUGUUAUACGGUAAGUCGACUAGCUAGUUAGCGCUAAUGGAUGCUAGUAUGUUAAGCUAGUUUAGUUGUCGAACCCUGUGUAAUCCACCCGUGAUUUAUGCCAAAAGCUGAAAGUUGAUAUCUCAGUAUGUUGUUAAACCUACCCACACAGACCAUUUGUACUAUUUUGAGGGUUAAGUGAUUACCCGGAUUUCUAGCUAACCUUCAAAGAUGUUAGCCAUAACAUCAACAAUCUUGCUAUCUGUUUGUACGGUAGAAGCUAUGUCAUCAUAACAUUUAGCAUUAUGUUUUGGUUUUAGGAUAAUGUCUUUUGUCACAAAAAGCUAUUUAUUGUAAUUUAAUUCUCGAAUCUGACAAACUGAUUCAUUUAGGUUUUGGUUCAUUUGUGUUUCUAGGAUGCAGAAUGUCUUGGUUCGCCGACCUGGCAGGGAAAGCUGAAGACUUCCUGAAUAAAGUGGAUGCAGGAGCUGCCAGCCUGACCAAACCCCAAGGCCGCACCUCCUCCUUCUCCUCAGCCUACGAUGCUCCUGACUCCACCGACAACUCUCAGUACAGUAGCACCGGCACUGGCUACAGCACCAACACAUCAGAGACACAGCAACACCCCUAUGGGAACUCCACCUCCCACAAUGCAUCAGGAUCUGGUUUCAUUACUGCAGCUGCUGGCAACAUCAAGAAAUCCAAAGGCUCCCUGUUGACUAGCUCAGCCACCGUCUCCACCACCAGCACCCUUCCCCUGGGGUCUUCCAGCACUGCUUCCUCCUCCAGCUCCAUCAAACCCUCCUCCAGCUUCGUGAGGCCCAGUAAGAAGAGUCAGAGUGAGCAAGAUGUGGAUGAUGACCUGUUGUUUGACUUCCUUAACAGCUCAGACCCUCCGGCCAAUGAGAGGAGGGAGGUCAGACCCAGAGAUCCUCUCAGAGUGUCUCCUGAAGGAUCAGGCUCCCCCCAGCCAGCACCUCCUGCCUUGGCAGCUGCCCCCCUCAUGGUCCCCUCUGCCCCCUCCACGCCCCCCUCCCUACGGGGCAUGUCUCGUACCUCCAGCUCCAGCUCUCUAUCCACCAGUACUCACAGUGCCAAAACAGGGGGUUCAGAGGAUGGCUCUGCCAAAGAAAGUCAAGGUACUGACACUUAAACUGGUCAUUUUUAAUGUCAAGGCACAAGAUGUAUGCUGUUUUGUUCUUUUGAUCUCGAAUGUUUGGUCGACAUCAUGUGGUCCUCUGUAGCUCAGCUGGUAGAGCACGGCGCUUGUAACGCCAAAGUAGUGGGUUCGAUCCCCGGGACCACCCAUACACAAAAAUGUAUGCACGCAUGACUGUAAGUCGCUUUGGAUAAAAGCGUCUGCUAAAUGGCAUAUUAUUAUUAUUAUUAUUAUCAUACACGUUUAUGAAGUAAUCAAGACAGUGUUAAAGUUACAAUUGCUAAUUGAGAUCAGUUCAAAGUUCCCUCCUUUUAUAUAUCUUCUGUCUUUUUUUCCAGACACACCUGAUGGUUCUGAUUCUGGGUUGGCUGUUCCCCAGUCUAUCAGCUACCUAUCAGAGUCUACGCCCACAUACAAGGCCCCUCCCCUAGCCCAGGCCCCGCCCCCUAUAGUGGAGCAGCAGAGUCAGAUGAUGUCUAGUCUGCGUCUGGAGAACCAGCUACUGAGGUCAGAGGUCACCUCCCUCAACCAGGAACUGGCCUCCAUCAUCCAGAGAGCAAAAGACACUCAGGAGGGUGAGAGAGCUGAGAGAGAAGGCUUAGGAAGAAGACUCAUGUCUGGUCCCAGAUCAGUUUCUGCUGUCUUGCCAACUCCUAUGCUCAUUGUCAUGAUGAUGGAUGUUGUCAUUGCCAAGACGGCACUGACAGAUCUGGGACCAGGCUAUGCUCAUGUAUGUGUAUCUGUGGUGGGUGUAACUGUAUGGUCAUAAACUCUUUCCCACAGAAUUGAACCAGGCACGGUUACGCACAGAGAAGUGGAAUUCGGACCAGUCUCGCACAGACCGCACGGUCAGGGAGCUGCGGUCGCAGGUUGAUGACCUCACAGAGGCCCUCAGUGCUAAGGACGGGCAGUUGGCUGUGCUGAAGAUCAGGCUAGAUGAGGCAGAUCAGUUACUGAAGUCACGGAGCUCUGCUCUGGAGGAGGCACAGACUGAGAGGUCCCGGUAUGUUUACAAUCUUUGUAGAUGGAUAGGCCUGUAAGGACUAAAUCUGGCUGCUUCAUUCAUUAUUAGUAAAAGACAACUCAAUUUGUCAGACAUAUGUCCAGGUACGUUUAAUGAACCAAAUCUUUGUGAAUGAAUAGAUGUAUUCAAUGGGGAUGUCCUGCUGCUUCAACAUUACAUAUUAUGAGAAUAAACAAUGUGCUACAGCACUUACAUGGGUAUAAAUGGUAAAGGCUUGUUCCGGAAGGCUCUGUGUGAGGCGCUCUCUGAAUAGGGUAGUCUACGUGUAACGGAGGUAAGAACGUGCCGUAGGAUCACUCCACAGCUAGCUUGAAAUGUCGCCGACGGAGCCAGUGAAUCGCAUCCUUUUCUGUAGGACAACUGGUUGGUAUGUUGUCAAGGACGGCGGUCACAUGUCUUUACGAUCAGAGGACCACUGGUCCGAGCCCACUAAGUAAGGGAACCGGGACAGUGGAGGAAGUGAAGCAUCACACUGAAGUUUUUUUUUUUUUAUAGCACUAGGGAGACGACAAGUAAAUUAACUUUGUAGCCCCUUCAUGUCCAGGAUCCUCCAGGACACCACGGAAGGCAGCAGUAUGCAGUCCCAGGCCAUGGCGACCAUGCAGGAGAGACUGAGGGAGGCAGACAUGGCCCUACGCAGGGAACAGGACAGCUCAGACAGAUGCAGGGUAGACACACCAACCACCACACCACACACCCACACACACACACACACACACACACAGACACACAGGACACACAGACACCACACACAAGGACCACCAGGACACCACACUACAACACCACAGCACACAUCACACAGACACACACACACAGACACACCACACACACAACAGACACCACACACACACACACAGACACACACCAGACACACACACCCACACACAACACACACACACGACACACACACACCAGACCACACACAAGACACACACACACACCACAGACACACAGACACCACCACAGACACCACCACACACACAGACACACACACACACACACCCACACAGACAGGACACACAAGGACACACAGACACACAGACACACAGACACAGACACAGACACACCACACACACACACAGGACACAGACACACACACACAGACACACACACACACACACCACACACACACAUAGACACACACACACAGACACACAGGACACACACACAGACCCACACCACACACACACACCACACACACACACAGACACACCACACACACACAGGACACCACAGACACACACCACACACCACACACAGGACACACACACACACCACACACACAGACAACACACCACGACACACACACACACACACCACACAGACACACACACACACACAGACACACACAGACACACACACACACACACACACACACACACACAAGGUCCCAGCUGUCAAGUACACAUUGAUAUUUGUUAGACAGUUUUUUUUUAAAAAAAAUGAAUCUUUAAUCUGUCAAAUACAGAUAACUAGUGGUAACAGGGCAAGUUCUUCCUGUAAGUCAACCAUGGACUGUAACACGUCCUUCCUCUGCUUGGGACCCACAGAGUGAGUUUGCGGCGCGGCUGUCCAAGGUGGAGGCGGAGAGGCAGACGCUGGCGGAGGCUGUGACGGGUGCAGAGAGACGGGCGUCGGAGGAUAGGCACCGGGUGGAGGACCUCCAACAGCAGCUGAAGAAUGCCAAGCAGGAAUUCCAGGACUAUAAGCACAAGGCCUCCCGCAUACUACAGGCAAGAGAGAGAGAUUUAGAUAAGAGGCGAAAGAAACGCUCACCUAUUUAGGCGAGGUGCUAGCUGACGGCGUAAAAAACUCUUGAAAAAUGAAAUUAUACCCUGAUGAAGAUGGCUUGUCUGUCGAAACGUUGGUCAUUAGGAUAUUAAAUAAUUGCAUCUGAGCUCCUAGAGUGAGAGGCUCUCCUUUUCUUUUUCAAGAGAUAGAGAUUUAACUCUCAUCUGUCACAUUUUACAUUUACAUUUUCGUCAUUUAGCAGACGCUCUUAUCCAGAGCCACUUACACAUUUUAGAUUUAGGACACAAGUCACUAUUUCCUUUCAAAUGCUUUUUUAUUUUUAUUUUAUUUUAUUUUUUCUCCCCCUCCCACCGUGUGUGUGUCCCCUCUCCAGUCCAAAGAGAAGCUGAUCAGCAGUCUGAAGGAAGGGUCAGGCUUGGACGGGCUGGAGGGAGGAGGAACAUUAGCUCUGGAGCUUGAGGAGCUCAGACACGAGAAGGAGCUGCAGAGAGAUGAGAUCCAGAAACUACAGGGACAGAUGCAGACGCUCCGAGCUGAGAUACAGGUGAGAAGGGACUGGAGACGGUUGCAAUGAUACAUCCCUCUUUUAGCAGACCCUCUUUUAGCAGACCCGCUUAGCACACAUACAAAGCAACUUAAAGUACAGUGUGAGUGCAUGCAUUCUUAGUGUGUUUAUGUGAUUCCUGCGGUAUCCCUGCGGCGGGAAUUGAACUCGUGUCCUUGCCGUUGUUAGCAACCUACUGAGCCACACAGAACAUGCUCAUUUCAAGACAACCUUGGUGGUCGGAUGGCCUGGCUGUAAGAGUGCGAUGUUGUGGUCUUUCUCUCUCAGUACUUGGAGGUAGCAGCCCUAACUGAGGCAGAGACAUGGAGAGAGCAGCAGUUGGAAAUGCAGGAGCAGCAGGCCAAACAGACCAGAGCCAAGCAGGAAGUGGAGGCCGAGGUGGAGCGCUACAAACAGGUAGCGUAAUAUACAAUAUCAUACCAUGGCAUUGUUGAAUACUCCUUUCUGAUUGGCUUGAUGGGCAUUCUAGAGCAUGCUUUAUUUCCCUGUAAUGUACGGUAUAAUUUGUAAUGGCUAUGAAGUUCGUUCUUACAUGUUUUAUGUUUGAGCUGCUGUUGAAAGCAAAAGUAGUUUGAAAUGUUGAAUUCGAUUUUCAUAAUAUCAAGCUAGGACUGACGGUUUAGUUAGCUAAGCUAGGAAGUCUGUUUGUUUGGUUACCAAGGCAACUACUGUAGCUAUCUAGUAAAAAAGUGCUAGUUACGUCAGUGGAUGUUGAACACAUUUUUGUUUUGCGGCAAAUACAGCCUUGGUAAGAAGCGGGGAAUGUAUUGCGACUCCGUGAAAAGUGGGUGGCACUCUGCUAACGCGUCGACCCCCGCUACAGAGGACAGAGAUGGGAGGAAUCACCUGUGGCUUUACUAUGGGUAAAGAUGGCGGCGUUGAGGAGGGAGCGCGUCUUGCCCUGUUCCUGCUCGACUUUGACUUUUUUGCGUUUUAAUUAUUACUUUGUUUGCGCAGAAUGUUCGUGCAGUAAUUUCCAAUAACAAUCCGUCCAAUGCUGAGAGCCCGUACUGCAGCAUUCAAUGUCAGCAGAACGAACCCCGAUGACUCGGUGGCGUGCGACGCGUACAAGGCAAAUCCAUUAAGGACACAAAAAAGACAAUACAGCCUCUAACUUGAAUUAAUGUGAAACUCAGACUUGCGUCGCAUGUGGCGAGGACUACAGACUACCACAGACUACAAAGGCAAAAUCCAGAUGUGCGGUGCCCACCGACGCCUCCCUCCCAGACGAGCUUAACACAUUCUAUGCUCGCUUCGAGGCAAACCGCUGACAAUCCAGGAAGACUCUCACUGCUCCAGACGACCAGGUGCUUUCACUCUCCGAGGUUCAACGUGAGGAAAACUCAAAAGAGUGAAUCUUCCCAAAGCCACCGGCCCAGAUGGCAUCCCUGAGCCACCUCAGAGUGUUUGCUGACCAUCUUCAACCUGUGCCUGUCCCAGGCUGUGGAAACCACCAUCGUUCCAGUGCCCAAGGAAAAACAAGGUGACAUGCCCAAAUGACUAUUGCCCUGUCGCGCUCACCUCGGUCAUCAUGAAGUGCUUCGAGAGGCUGGUCAUGGCCCACAUCAAGGCCCGGCACACUGGAACCACUCCAAUCUGCCCACCGCUCCAACAGAUUCACGGAAGAUGCCAUUUCCACGGCUAUUCACACGGCCACAUCUGGACAAGAGGAACACUUAUGUGAGAAUGCUGUUUGGUGACUACAGUUCAGUAUUCGACACUGUUGUUCCUUCCAAGCUCGACCCCCAACCUCAGAGCCCUGGGUCUGGACACCGCCCCCUACAGCUGUAUCCUGGACUUCCUGAUGGGCAGACCACAUGGUGUGAAGAUUGGCAACAACACCCUUAACACAGGAGCCCCCCAGGGGUGUGUCCUCAGUCCUCUGCUGGACUCCCUGUUCACCCACGACUGCGCGGCUUUGCACGACACCAACUCCAUCAUCAAGUUUGCUGACGACGCCACGGUUGUAGUCCUGGUAACCAACAACGAUGAGUCAGCCUAUAGGCAAGGAGGUCAGUGAACUGACGUUGUGGUGUCAUGACAACUUCUCCCUCAACGUCAGCAAAACAAAGGAGUGAUUGUUGACUUCAGGAAGCAGAGGAGGGAACAUGCCCCGAUCCACAUCAUCGGGACUUCAGUAGAGUGCUGAAGCGCGUAAAAAAAUUGUCUGUCCUCGGUUGCAACACUCACUACCGAGUUCCAAACUGCUUCUGGAAGCAACAUCAGCACAAGAACUGUUCGUCGGGAGCUUCAUGAAAUGGGUUUCCAUGUCCGAGCAGCCGCACACAAGCCUAAGAUCACCCUGCGCAAUGCCAAGCGUUGGCUGGAGUGGUGUAAAGCUCGCUGCCGUUGGACUCUGGAGCAGUGGAAAUGCGUUCUCUGGAGUGAUGAAUCACGCUUCACCAUCUGGCAGCUCGACAGAAGAAUCUGGGUUUGGCGGAUGCCAGGAGAACGCUUCUUGCCCGAAUGCAUAGUGACAACUGUAAAGCUUGGUGGAGGAGGAAUAAUGGUCUGGGGCUGUUUUUCAUGGUUUGGGCUUGGUCCCUUAGUUCCAGUGAAGAGAAAUCUUAAUGCUACAGCAUACAAUGACAUUCGAGACGAUUCUGUGCUUCCAACUUUGUGGCUACAGUUUGGGGAAGGCCCUUUCCUGUUUCAGCAUGACAAUGCACAAAGCAAGGUCCAUACAAAAAUGGUUUGUCGAGAUUGGUGUGGAAGAACUUCACUGGCCUGCACAGAGCCCUGUCCUCAACCCCAUCGAACAGCUUUGGGAUGAAUUGGAACGCCGACUGCGAGCCAGGCCUAAUCGCCCAACAUCAGUGUCCGACCUCGCUAAUGCUCUUGUGGCUGAAUGGAAGCAAGUCCCCCGCAGCAAUGUUCCAACAUCUAGUGGAAAGCGUUCCCAGAAGAUCGGAGGCUGUUAUAGCAGAAAAGGGGGGGGGGACCAACUCCACAUUAAUGCCCACGACUUUGGAAUGAGAUGUUCGACAAGCAGGUGUCCACAUACAUUUGGCCAUGUAGUGUACAUUCAUGCUACACACACAUCACACCUGCUGCUACCAGACUCUUAUUAUACAGCUUAUUAUACUUUAUACACUACCCCCCCCCCUUCCCCAAUACACGUGUAAAUAUUAUAAAUGGUUCCUUCCUGUAUUAUACUGAUGCUAAAAUGUAUAUUCUAUUCUACUGAGACAUUUACUUUAUUUGUGUUUUUAUUUCUUAUUGUUGCACUGUCGAAGGAACCUGCAAGUAAGCAUUUCAAUGGACCAAGCAUAUCCAAUGCAUACGACUAAUAAAACGUGAAACUUGGUCCUAUUCAUUUAAGGUGUGUAACGGAAAAACAUUACGAAGCGUUUCGCAAUUGGAAAAUGUGCGUUUUUUUUUUUUUUUUUUUUUUUUUUUUUUUUUUUUUAAUUCGACCACAGGUCCAGGUAGUCCCGGUCUGUUUCAUUCUCUGUAUCUGGGCUAAGGGGAACGUUUUAAGUGUGUGCCUUUUUGUGUCACGUAGGAGCUGCAGUAUGCUGAGGAAGAAAGCCACCGUGCCAAGACCACACUGCAGAGUCGCAUCAAGGAUCGGGAGGAUGAGAUGCAGAAGCUCAGGAACCAGGUAAACAAUCACUCUUAUACAUCGUCAAAUCCAAUCUUUAUUUAAAGUGCAUUCAAAAACACAAUAAAAAUAAAAUAAAAUAAAACAUGAAGGAGAAGAAAAACUGUAAAUUUUAACUUUCAUCAAUGUAAUUGUCUGCAUCACUUCCAAUCCCCCAUAUAUAUUAUUGUAAAUAUAUACAGAACCAGUCAAAAGUUUGCACACACCUACUCAUUCAAGGGUUGUUCCUUUAUGUGUACUAUUUUCUACAUUGUAGAAUAAUAGUGAAGACAUCAAAACUAUGAAAUAACAUACAUGGAAUCAAAAAAAGUGCAAUUUCUGAGGUGCAGUUAACUCUAAUGAACUUAUCCUCUGCAGCAGAGGUAACUCUGGGUCUUCCUUUCCUGUGGCGGUCCUCAUGAGAGCCAGUUUCAUCAUAGCGCUUGAUGGUUUUUGCGACCGCACUUGAAGGAACUUUCACAGCUCUUGAAAUGUUCCGUAUUGACUGACCUUCAUGUCUUAAAGUAAUGAUGGACUGUCGUUUCUCUUUGCUUAUUUGAGCUGUUCUUGCCAUUUUUAAUAUGGACUUGGUCUUUUACCAAAUAGGGCUAUCUUCUGUAUACCCCCCGUACUUUGUCACAACACAGCUGAUUGGCUCAAACGCAUUAAGAAGGAAAGAAAUUCCACAAAUUAACUUUUUGAAGAAGGCACACCUGUUAAUUGAAAUGCAUUCCAGGUGACUACCUCAUGAAGCUGGUUGAGAGAAUGCCAAGAGUGUGCAAAGCUGUCGUCAAGGCAAAGGGUGGCUAUUUGAAGAAUCUCAAAUAUAAAAUAUAUUUUGAUUUGUUUAACACUUUUUUGGUUACUACGUGAUUCCAUAUGUGUUAGUUCAUAGUUUUGAUGUCUUCACUAUUAUUCUACAAUGUAGAAAAUAAUCAAAAUAAAGAAAAACCCUUGAACGAGUAGGUGUGUCCAAACUUUUGACUGGUACUGUAUAUAUAUAUAAUAUUGUGUACUUUAUUGACAUUCUACUGCAUUGUUAGGAGCUAGGAACAUAAGCAUUUCACUUCACGCGUUAUAACAUCUGCUAAACCGUAUGCUACUAACAAACUUAUUUGAUUUUAGAAGUAGCACAAGUAAUGUUGUUACAUUUCCCUCCCUCCCUCCCUCCCUCCCUCCCUCCCUCCCUCCCUCCUCUCUCCCUUCCCUCCCCCCUCCCUCCCUCCCUCCCUCCCCUCCCUCCUCUCUCUCUCCUCCCCUCCCUCCUCUCUCUCUCCUCCUCCUCCCUCUCCCUCCCCCUCCCCCCCCUCCCUCCCCUCUCCCCCCUCCCUCCCCCUCCCCUCCCUCCCCCCCUCCCUCCCCCUCCCUCCCUCCCCCCCCUCCCUCCCCCCUCCUACCUAGUUGACCAAUAAGGCUCUGAGCAGCAGUAGCCAGGUGGAACUGGAGAGCAGGUUGCACCAGCUGACCGAGACGCUGAUCCAGAAACAGACCGUGCUGGAGUCCCUGGGAACAGAGAAGAGCUCACUGCUCUUCCAGCUAGAGAGGCUGGAGGCCCAGCUGAAGAGCGUCCAGGGAGGAGGGCAGACCGGGGGGCCGGCCAUUAACAUGAGCAGCAUGGAGAGCCCAGGUGAGGCUGGGACUGCGUCUCAAAUGGCCCCCUUAUUCCCUAUGUACGGUAGUACACUACUUUUCACUAGCUCAGGUGAGACUAAUGUCAUGUGGAUAGAUAUGACUAGGUCGCCUGGUUGUCCCAGAUCUGGUAAUGAUGUAUAGCCAACUCCUUUAGGUGUAUUGGUCUGGGUCCAGGCUAAUGGCUAGUUUUGGGGGGGGGGGGGGGGGGGAUUAUAUAUAUAUAUAUUUUUUUUAAACACUCCAGGCCACUCUUGAACGUCUAAAACUAUAUUGAAAUUAUAAUGGACCUAUAUAUUUUCAAAUAACUGCCCUUUUUGUUUUUGACGAACAAAUUGGUCCGGAAAUAAAUCUCUGCUGCCCUCCGCUGAAUUUUCAAAUCCUGGUGUGGCCCUCGAGACAAAAUGAUUGCCCACCCCUGGACUAAAUGGUCAGCCAGCUUAAAGUAGUACUUUUCUUGAUGCUAAAAGCUAACUUUAUUUGAUAGAUCGUCAUUGCAAGUAAAUAAAUACAUUUGAUUUGAGAUUUAAGAAGCUUUUUUUUUUUUGUAUUUGAUGAACAAGCACUCAACACUCGAGCUCUUUCCUUGAUUUAUUUUGUGUUCAGAUGGCCUCUCAAAUGUUUUGUACAUGUAAAGCGUUUCCCACAUUAAGAGCAGAGGGAGGGAAAUCUCUUGUGCUCACUGAGCGUACAUGAAUGACGGAAACUCUUUCCACACUCGGAUCCUGUGUGGAUCCGCUGGUGGCUUUUAAGAUCGCUGGUGUCGGCAAAUGUCUUCCCACAUUCAGUGCAGUGCCGUGCCUGGUGUCUCUUUUUAAAAAAAGUUUUAUCUGAUGGUGAAGCUCUUCCUGCAUCCGUCACAGAUGUGUGGUCUUUUCUCAGUGUGAGUUAUCGUGUGUCUUUUCAGCAGGUGUUUUUUGACAGGAAGCAUUUCCACGUUGCUGGCAACUGUGUGGUCUAUCUCCUGUGUGUGUUUGCAGAUGCACAUCAAGGUGUCGCUUGUGAAGAUCACUCUUUCCACGCAGAUCACAAAAAAUGAUUUUUUUUUUCAAUCUAUCUUUCCAUCUCCUUUGUGUGUUUUGCUCGGAUCAUUUCCAUGUGUUUUGGUGGGUUGGGAACAUGUUUUAUUCAGAUCUUCUGUGCAUUUUUAGGAGGUCCUCUGUCUGACAUUGUGGUGAACAAGCCACAACUCCCCUCACAGCUAGAUGCUAUAGGAAAGCACACAACAAAACAGUGUUAUUCCAUGUGAAAUUGACUAAACGUGGCCAUGAAAUUCAUCUUUUAUUUUUAUUUUUUUUAGAACAUAGACAACAUGCUUUAGGUGUUUCUAGAUGACCUUUUUGUGACAUCUGCAUAAAAUCAUAACUGAGAAAUGUUUCAUCAAAGAAAUCUGUAGAUGAAAAUUUGCAUUGUAGAUGAAAAAUGUGCAGUGUGUGUGCUCACUUCUCAGAAUACUAAUUGAAAUAAUAAAUUUGAGUCUGCACAACGUUUUUUCAGAGAUUGUUGCAACAUUGUAACCUUGGAGACUACUGCCACUUAUGAGGGAGCGUCUAUCAAGACCGCUAUGUGAAAUUCCAUUGCUAGGAUUUGAGGAAACGACUAGCGUUUAACAAAAGCACACCAGUUUGUCAUAAUCUAUAAUAAUGUUAAUUAUAUAGUAUGCCGUUUAGCAGACACUUUUUUUUAAUCCAAAGCGACUUAGUCAUGCAUGCAUACAUUUGACGUAAUGGGUGGUCCCGGGGAUCGAACCCACUACCCUGGCGUUACAAGCGCCGUGCUCUACCAACUGAGCUACAGAGGACCACCCAAUGUUACCACUCAGCCACCAGACACACCUCCAUAAAUAAUGUGUAGCCCCAAGCUACAUACUCUUUACAACAGCAAACCGGUGCACAGACAUAUCUCAACAUAGACCUACUGUAUCAAAGCGAGAUACGUUUCAAAAUCGUUGGUUGUUGACCCUUGUAUGACUUCCUUCUUAAUGGGCUUCAACCAUACUGGUUAUCUUCUUAAUCCCGCCUCCAAUUGAAUGUCAUUGGUUCUUUUUAGAUAUAUUUUUAUUUAUUUAAUUGUCCUUGUUUCAGAUCAACAUCAUAACAAAUUGUACGUAUCUUUCAAUAACAAGAAGAAACAAGAUGACAUUAAACAUGGCAUAACCAACAGAACUAAACAAAACUGAUUCACUUUCAGUUCUCUGCUCGUACAAUGUUUCAUUACCCCUAAAGUUAUUUAUUUUUAUUGUCUUUAUUAAGUUAACUGUAGCGUAGAGGCCUUACAGCUAUACAACAAGAAAAAUACAAUUGUACAACAAGAAAUACAGCUAUACAACAAAAAUACAACAAGAAAAAUACAGCUAUACAACAAAAUACAGCUGUACAACAAGAAAAAUAAGAAAAUUACAGCUAUGCAACAAAAAUAUUACAGCUAUACAAGAAAAAAUACAGCUGUACAAGAAAAUUACAGCUAUACAACAAUAACAAUUACAGCUAUACACAACAAAAAAAGUACAUUUAUACAACCAGAAAAUUACAGCUAUACAACAAGAAAGCGAAAUCAAAAUGACCAGAGUCCAGUUGUACAUUUUGAAGACCUAUAGAUUCACAAUAUUUUUUUAUAUUGACACUUCUCGAGGUAUCUGCAAGAUUAGCGGGAACAGAUAGCAAAAAGGAAUCCCAUAAGUCUUGUUCCUUGUUCCUAAAUAUAGCACUAAUUUUCUCCAGUGGCAGGACUUUAAAGAUCUCACAAUUCCACUAAUUUAUCGUUCGUGGCUCUGGUCUUUUUAUCCAGUCCAAGAGAAUGCAUUUGCAGGGCUUUUUUUUAAAAGGAUAUUGAGCAGAUUUGGAAGCUGAGAUGUUACUAGCAAAAUAUGUUUCUGAGAUUUGUUUAUGAUUUCACCAUAACCCCUUGGAUGGCAGGACUGAAGCCUUUUUUAUGUUGACCUCACACAGGGACACGACAGAGGAAUGCACCAAUCCUGUUCAACGACCAUGACAGUCCAGGAGUGUAUGGCCAGGUACGGAAGGCAGCCAGCACUAUCGACCGGUUCAGGUGAGCUAUAACACCAGAGGGUUGGCUGGAUCAAAACACACUUUUUACAGACAGGACAGAAACGGGUAGACAGGCCAGAGACCUUCAGGUCUCUGUUAUGUUUGUUCUUAGUCUCUGGAAUGUUACCACUCAACCACACAGGCCUUACCUCAAGUUAAGUUUGAGGAAUUGUUUUGGUAUUGUUAACUUGUCACAAUACAUGAGCUAUUUCUUUUUUUUUUCUUUUUUUUUUAUAUAUAUUUUGCGACGCUGUAUUCAGAUUUUAUAGACACAAAUGUUUACCAUUCAACCACACGAGUGUCACAUCAUAUCUCACAAUUCGACAACAAACCAAAAAAAUCUUGUCCUUCCAGCAUCCGAUUAGGAAUCUUCCUGAGACGCUACCCCAUGGCUCGGGUUUUUGUAAUACUGUAUAUGGUGAGUUGUUUUACACACUCUUUUGUUCAAAAUGUCACAAUGAUCUUAAGCCCAGUUGAAUCAACUGAAAUGUCUGUGGGCCCAUUUUGUGUUUGUUUCAGGCGCUACUGCACCUGUGGGUCAUGGUUGUCCUGUUGACCUAUUCACCAGAGAUGCACGAGAUCCACGACGUUCCUGGAGGGAGAUAGAACAUGAAUGAUGUCAUAAUAGAUAUGUUGUUGUGAUCUGGGGUAAGGUGAAGACGUGUUCUCCUUGUCGUCGAAGACUAGCCUGGUGCCAGAUCUGUUUCUGCUGUUCACACCUGCCUACCAUGCACGCAACUUUAGGUCAAAGUACGCUGGUAUGAAGAAAAAAAAAAA